GAUCGAGAGCGUGAAUCGUGGAUGCCAAGUUACUCGGACGAACGAACGUCGAGCAUCCGCUGUUCUUUCAGAAAGUCGGGCGCCCCAUCUCGGUGGCUGGCGGGCGAGCAGCAAGGGGCCACCCUCCAGACCGUGGAUCGCAGUGUCACACCCUCGAGUAGGGCAGAAACAUCUGCAGGCCUAAGGGCCAGAAACAGUAAUGACCAUCUUUAGUUGUCCUUCCGUAUGUAUGGACUUUGAAGUCCAUAUGUACGUCCAGUCGGAUUACAGAGGGGCGUCGCUAAGACAGAUGUGGUGUUAGAUGGAGCAUGAACUUGGGGCGGAAGCAGCUAACGUUAAGCUGUAGUCAAUGGAUAGAAAGAGAACGAGAAAAGGGAGAAGGAAAUAAGGAGCGAGAUAAGAAAGGAGCGAAUGGAGCGAGGCCAAAGUUGUGGCGAGGAAAUGACGCGUGAGAAAUGAGCCCUUGCCUCAAUCUAACCCAAGCGCGGAUCGGAUGUGAUAACCCUGCAGUUGCGGGGUCUCGAGUAGAUUGCGCAGGAUUAUUGGGUGGGGGCUCAUCCAGCGAGCGCUAGUGUAUACUGUGAUUGUCGUAAGCAAGGAGUCUUUUGAACGGGCCCACAUCCAGAAGCUUCAGCAUAUGGUGGGAGACGCAGCAUCUCUCUUUUGGCGCAGCUCUUUUGCUUUAAUGCCGCGCUCGCAAGACCAAAUUUGGACGAGGAUAAUGUGGCUCGACGAUGACGGUCAUGCAUUGACAGAAGUUCGAAACAUUUGCGAACUUUCGCACUCGCUUUAUCCGGUUCAUCCAAAGAGUUGUUGAAGAAGAUGUGACGAACUUCGACCUCUAAGCUGACUGUAACCGAAACCUACUACACGGUGCACAUCUAGGAUGGACUCGAGCGCCAAAAGCGCCCGCUUUAACCGAGAAGCAGUUAGACUUGGAGUUGGUGUGGGUUUGACCCGUUUCUAAUGAAAGAAACGCCGGGUUUCAUUUGAGAAUUCGUCCAGAUUUGCGUGCUGAACGUUUAUGCUGCUUUUCCUCCAAUUGAAUCCAUCUCAUGAGGUCAAGUCAAAACACGCACCUUUUUGACAUUGUACCAUGCACAAGUCCACGGAAGCAAGUCCUGAUAUCAUUCUGACACGCGUUCAAGAAGUAAGCUCUCAAACUCUCACUACAACGUGGGGCUUACAACUGCGCGGACCAGCGGCCCAUCAAAAACCACCUGAAAGAAGAUCAAAAACACCUUAAUAAGUUCACAAAAGGCAUCAAAUUCCUGCUCGGCUGCUGAAUUUUGACCUACACUGGAGUGGACGGGGCGUGCGAAGAGUUUGCUUCUAAGCCUCUUGGAGCUUCGAUACCAGUGAUAUAUGUUUAGCUCACUGCAUCCGAUAGAAGUUUGAAGUACAGGGUUCAGUGCGUUUCUAGCAGAAUUCAAUGGCUUCAGAUAUAAUUGCAAGAACAGGGAUCCUCUUAUCAGUAUCUCUUUUACUUCUAGCUUUGAGUUCAAUUUCGUCUAUUCGGUCAGAUACUUUUGACCAGCAGAGUAUUGGGAACAACGAAAACCUGAAACGCUGGGAUCCUGAUGUCGCUGCUUUCGGUCCAGCUGCUGAAUCCUGGAGUCAGAGAAGAGUUCUGUUGCAAGAAGCAGAUAAUAGUACCGGUGCAGGCACAAACGGGAGACCCUUGGCGGUCAAAGGUGGCCGCUUGGACCCCUUCGAUGGUUUCCGCAAAUACCGCGGUGGGUACGACGUCGAAAGCAAACACUACUGGGGGUCCGUGGCAUUCACCGGCAUUUUUGGGUAUGCGUUAGGCGCGGCUUGGCUACUAUUGGGAGUGAUCCUCGGGACCUCUUACUGUUGUCUGCGGUACUGCUGCUGCAAACGGAAAUCGCGCCGAACUUCUUCUCUUGAUCCGCCCCAAGUCUCCUACUGCUGGCUCGCCGUUUUGAGCGUCGUCUUGCUGACUGUCGGCGCCUUGGGUGGCUGCGUAGCCCUGUAUAUUGGAGAUAGACAUUUUACCGUGGAAGCGAGGAACGUGGAGGAGACAUUGAAUAGAGCGUCAGACAACGCAACUGGUACUAUAGGAAAUAUUACAGCAGCUAUCACCCAAGUUCAGCAACUCGUGGAGCCUUAUGAAACCAGCGCAAACACUCUUGAAAUUGUUAACACCAAAGCGAGGCUUAUUAAUGAGAGCCAAAGCAUUCAACAGACCGUUGAUGACAACACAGAUAUCUUCCACGACAUAAUCACUGCAAUGGAGGCGGCUCUCAUCGUCGUGACGACAUUAAACGUAAUAGUCAUCAUCAUGGGACCUGUUAGUGCUGUAUUCAAGUGGAGACGCAUUUUCUAUUUCAUCGUGGUCGUUGGUUGGAUCUUGGCAGUCCUCAACAGCUUCCUCUUUGGUCUCUACUUUAUGUUCAACAAUGCCGUAGAGGAUACCUGUGACGCCAUGAACGAGUAUAUGGAUCGACCUUACAACACAACACUUGACGCAUUACUUCCUUGCGAGGAUCUAUUAUCUGCAAGUGAUGCGGUUGAUGACAUUGCGAAGGAGAUUAGAGAUGCAGUCUCAAGUGUAAAUGCCACUCUCAACUUGGUGCAAUUACUGGGCUAUAAACUGUCACCACUAUGUGAGCAAAUUGGUCCAGCUCCCGAGUACCAGUACAUCAGCUCAUGUCCGAAUAAUACUGUCAAUAUCGGUGAUCUUCCCAAGGAGCUUGAGCCCUUAAGAUGCAGCAGUAACGACAGUGUGAGUUGCUCUCAAAAUAAUACGUUUCUCACGGACAGCGAAUAUCAGAGGGUGAUGGCUUAUGCAUCCAGCGCACAAAUUCUUCUCAAUAUUUAUCCGACACUCAAUCGCCUCACUGACUGCUCUCUCAUUCAGUUCGCGUUCUCAGAGCUCUUGAACGAAAACUGCGGCCCUGCUAACUCAGCCGUGCAUUUAAUAUGGAUUUCAUUUCUAGUCGUCGCCCUGACCAUGAUAUUCCUAAUUGUAUCAUGGCUUCUGCUUCAUUACCCCAUCAGAGAGAGAAAGUCGUGGAGGGUGAUAGCUCCUCAAGAAAUGCCCGUGUGGACAGACCAAUCUAAGUAAACUGUGGUAGCUUAGAGUAAGAUUAUUACAUCAAGUAUAGUGAAUUUUUAGUGAUUAUAGUGAAUGUUUAAUGUACAGAGCGUUGGUUGAGUAUUCUCAAUGCCGAGUAGAUCAGAACAGUUGUUUACAGUAGUUUCCAAAUUGGGAAUAGCGGUCAGAUUGCUACUUGAAACAUGCACGUGCGAAUGACCGAGCAGCACUGCUUGAGGAAAAGCGGAAUGAUUUCGUUCAUGAUGAAAACCUGCGAAGAUUGCUCGAUCAUAGAUCUGCAGACGACCUGGAGCUUGAAUGAUGCAGCCGCCUAUUGCAGGUGGUACAUUUUGGUCCAAUUAGAUGAGUGGAGAAGGUAGUGCGUAGUUCCUUCGAAGACAAAUAUACUGUACAUAUAAAGUUUUGUCCAUUAAUUUGUCGCAUUGGACGGGAGUCAGAUGUGUCCAUCUUCUGGAUGCACAUAGCAGGGCUCCUUGGCCGAUCGUGUUUCCAGCGGAAAGGCAAGAGCCGUUUCCAGUAAAAAUAUCCAAAGGAAGAAAACUGGAACAUUCCAACCUUACGACGUGAAAUUUCUACAUCUUCAGACUGUUCCUAUUCCACUCUACUGGUUACAACUUGCACUUUCUUCAUGGAGAGCUCACGGAGUAUAUUUCCGCGUUAUCCCUCCUUAGG